CGGUGGAUCUUGAAGGCGGCAUGUACUCGCUGUACCGGGCUUGGUUACUCCGAGAGAGUUCUCCGCCGGACGUAGUCGUAUGUGUGGGGGCGGGCUCCCAAACGCACCAGUUCGCCGGUCAUCGAGUAGUCCUAUCCGCGCACAGCGGUUAUCUCAAGUCAAUGCUAGCCGAUGAAUCUGAUCGUCGACAACUGAUAGUGCCAAACGUUAGCGCCGAAGUUUUCGCGCCUCUACUGACUUUCAUGUACACGGGGUACCUGGAGUUGACACCCGAUAACAUCUAUGGGGUUCUGCUAGCUACUCAUUUACUCCACAUGCCGAGAGCUCUCGAUCUCUGUCGGUCAUAUCUACUUCAACAUCAACCACAACCGCCGCCUCCAACCCUCGUCAAACCGAUUCCGAGUCGCAAGUCACUUCUGCCAGUGUUGUUUCCGCCGCCUCCAACUGGGGUCUACUGGCCUCCGCCUCCGCCACCUUACCAACCUCUACCAGCUCUACCAGAUGAGUAUAGAUCUGUAUUUCCGCUCACCAUGUCAGCGGAGCAACAGCCGCCAGCCCAGCCAUCUCCACCCGCCAUCCCGUCCACAUCAGCUGUGGUUGCCAGCACAUCAGUGGCCCAACCUCCAGUGUCACCAACUCCGUCACAAUCAUCGGAUUCCUCCAACCAGGUGACCGUCACAGUCACCCCGGGACCCGACGCACGCAAGCAGCGUCUCAACUCAACCCCCACCAACUCAACUGACAGCAAAGUGAUCGUGGACAUCGCCUGCUGCGAUGGACCCGUACGAUUUCAUCGAGUGCUCAAUCAAAACUACGGUCGCGAGUCUCAGGAGGCUGAGCCGGAACAGGACACCGAGUCAACCUCAGCCACCGACAAGUCGGGACCCGUCUUCACGUGUCGCUACUGCGACCACACGUUCAAGAGUCACUACUGCUACCAGAAGCACGCUCGCAGACACAUCAACCCCGUCAGCCUCACGCCCGACACGCAGCCAGAGCAACCGCUCACUUCCCCGCCACAAGCCAACCCCAAACAGCAAGUGCGACUGCUCGACAUGAACGUCCAGUACUACCCCUGCAAGACGUGCGGCUCCAAGUUCCCCAGCUACUACUUCGUGCACAAACACCGGAAGAUGUGUCAUCCGAACGAAGAAGCAUCCAGCACCGCUACUGCUGUAACAUCCGACAACUCACGCUCCUCCUGCGUAGCACCUGCACCCUGAAUCUAUACGGUAUUACCUUCAUUCACAAACUUCUAUACAAAUAAUAGUCUGAUAAACUGUAUAUAGCCAGACUGUUUUUGUCUUCUCUUUGUUGAACGUACACUAUCGUAGAAACAGUUGCCAAACAUAUGUGAGAGUAAUUAUUAUUGUAAAUAAACGUUAUUACGGAAUAAAUGUUACCCGUCA